GCAAGGCGGGGCCGAGCCGGGCUGGGUCCCUGGCAGCUCCGCGCCCAGAGGCACCGCCGCGCAGAAACCAAGCCGGGGUCCCGGCACCGCCGCUAUGGACAUCCCGCCGCUGGCGGGCAAGGUCGCAGUUCUGUCGCUGGGCGCUCUCCCGUUGUCCUACGCGCUCAACCACGUCUCGGCGCUCUCGUACCCCCUGGGGGUGGUGUGGAUGAGCGCCCUGAUCCUGGGUCUGCUCUUCUUGGCUAUAUACAGCUUGUCCCGAAGUGACAUCUACUAUGACCCACUCUAUGCCGUGUUCGCGGUCUUCUCUUUCACCUCCGUGGUGGACCUCCUUAUCGCUCUCGAGGAAGAUGGCUACAUGGGGAGCUUCAUGGCGUUCUACACCAAGGAGGGUGAGCCGUACCUGCGCACGGCACAUGGGGUCUUCAUCUGCUACUGGGAUGGCACUGUUCACUACCUCCUCUACCUGGCCAUGGCUGGUGCCAUCCGUAAAAGGAAGAGGUACCGGAACCUUGCACUCUACUGGCUGGGAUCCUUCGUCAUGAGCAUCCUGGUGUUCCUUCCAGGAAACAUCCUUGGCAAAUACAACUCAGAGAUCAGGCCUUCCUUUUUCCUCACCAUCCCCUACUUGCUGGUCCCCUGCUGGGCUGGCUUGAGGGUCUUCAACCAGACCCAGGCACCAAGCUGCUGCACUCCCAACAUGGUGGAGGAGGAACAAAGAAAGGGCCUUCUGCGGCGCCCAGUUGACCUGGCCCUCAUCAUCUACCUCAUCUUUGCUGCGUUCUUCACCCUCUUUCGGGGCCUGGUGGUGCUUGACUGCCCCAUGGAUGCCUGCUUCGUCUACAUCUAUCAGUAUGAGCCAUACCUGAGGGACCCCGUGGCCUAUCCGAAGGUGCAGAUGCUGGUGAAUAUGUUCUACGUGCUGCCCUUCUAUGGCCUGGCCAUCUAUGCCCUCAUCUUUCCUGGCUGCUCCUGGCUGCCUGACUGGACCUUGGUAUUUGCUGGAGCCAUUGGCCAGGCACAGUUCUCACACAUGGGUGCUUCCAUGCACCUGCGCACGCCCUUCACCUACCGUCUGCCUGAGGAUGCCUGGGCCAGCUUCUUCGUGUGCAACCUACUGUAUGCUCUGGGGCCUCACUUGCUGGCCUACCGCUGCCUGUGGAGCCCUGCCUUCUUCCUACGCCCGCUUCCUGGCCCCCCAGCCCACCAUGAGAAGCAGCACUGAGGGGGCUGUGGGACUCCCCAAGAUCCUGUUUACAUACCCACCUGGCCCUGCCCCUGGAAGGGGGGGUUGGGUUUUUUAGAGGCAGGAGGUGUGUCUCUGGGUGCCUUCGGUCCUGGCUAUGGUGAUUUCAGGGUGGGAUGGGGGGGGCCCAAGGUCCAGGUGUUCCAGCAGAGAAGGCCAUGGCCAUGCUCAGCUGUCACCUCACCCAAACUCCACACUGGCACCCUCCCGGAAUUUAUCCAUCAUCUCCCCAUGGAUCCUUUCAGUAAAAUUCCUUUUGAUGCAUAAAAUGUUGCUCUGAGUGUUUCAGGGGGCAGGGGCAAGGGACCCUCUCCUCCGAACCCACGAGGGCCCACUCAUCACUGCCAGCAUAGUCAUCAGGAGCGGGAGGUGCCGGACAGCAGAAGUCUACCUCUGGUUG